AUGGGCAACGGGACAGUGUCGGAGAGGACGAUCGAGCUGGUCGGAAAACUAAGAGCGCACGGGGUGAAAUUUGUCAUCAUCUCCGGAGCAAGGACGACGACGAUACAGGAGAGACUACCUUUUCUACCACUGGUUGACGCCGUUGCAUGCGAGACUGGGAGCAAGAUCUUUUAUCCCCCCGACAGUACGACGGAGCCGGUAAAAGCGAGCAGCUGGAUGAUGGAUGAGGAGUGGUCGAAGAGGUUCGAGAAGGUCACUGGGCCUCUCAACACCGACACUCCUGCCGUCUCACGACAAGGAACCUUGUGGGACCU